GGUGAGGCUCCGCCUGGCGGGGUGACGUAGGGUGAGGCCCCGCCUGGCGGGGUGACGUAGGGUGAGGGGACGGGGCAGAGCAGAGCGGCCAUGAUGUCGCGUGGUGUCCUCGCAGAGCAGCGCGAGCCCGAGCCCGAGCCCGGACAGUUUGAGGAUGUGGAGAGCGACAACUGUCCUGAACAAACUGAGGCAGUGAGAACGACGGAGAAAGAAAUAAAAAAUCUGCAGCUGAAUUAUCCAGAUGAUGAGGAAGCAGAUAUUGAAAGUGAUGAAGAUGAAGCCUGGGACUGGGAUCAGUGCAGUGGAGACCUUACCAAACGCUACGCUGCUGUCAGGAGAAACAACCAGCAGGCAAACAGACAGAAUCCUUCCAAUCCAACAAAGAUGUCCACUCCAAAUGACAAAGCUCUUGGAAAGUUUCAACAUAAAAUUAAUCUUGAUAAGCUACAUUUUGCUGAUUCUGUGAUAAGCAGAGUAACUGAAAAGUCAAGACAGAAGCAUGCAGAAAUGUAUCGAGUUAAGGAUAAGUCUGACCGAGCUACUGUGGAGCAGGUAUUAGAUCCAAGAACUCGAAUGAUUCUGUUUAAAAUGCUAAGCAGAGGCGUGGUCUCGGAAAUCAAUGGAUGUAUCAGCACAGGAAAAGAGGCAAAUGUAUAUCAUGCAACGACAAGUCGUGGAGAGAGCAGAGCAAUAAAGAUUUAUAAAACCUCUAUCUUAAUGUUCAAAGAUCGUGAUAAAUAUGUCAGUGGUGAAUUUAGAUUUCGUCGUGGAUAUUGUAAAGGCAAUCCAAGAAAAAUGGUCAGAACGUGGGCAGAGAAAGAGAUGCGAAAUUUGAUCAGGUUACAAACAGCAGAAAUCCCAUGUCCAGAACCAAUCAUGCUUAGGAGUCAUGUUCUUGUUAUGGGUUUUAUUGGUAAAGAUGAUAUGCCAGCACCAUUGUUGAAAAAUGCCCAUCUUACUGAAUCUAAGGUCCGUGAGCUCUAUUUGCUCGUCAUUCAGUACAUGCGGAGAAUGUAUAAGGAUGCCAGACUGGUUCAUGCUGAUCUCAGUGAAUUUAACAUUCUGUACCACAAUGGGGGAAUAUACAUCAUUGAUGUAUCACAGUCAGUGGAGCACGAUCACCCACAUGCCUUGGAGUUUCUUCGAAAGGAUUGUCUGAACAUUAAUGAAUUUUUCCGUAAACAUGAUGUUGCUGUGAUGACAGUACGAGAGCUCUUUGAGUUUAUUAUAGAUCCUUCAAUUACGGAAGAUAAUCUAGAUGCUUAUCUUGAGAAGGCAAUGGAAAUAGGUGCAGAGAGAACAGAGGAAGAGCGAUCCAAUCAGGACAAAGUAGAUGAAGAGGUUUUCAAAAAAGCCUAUAUUCCCAGGACACUGAAUGAAGUAACAGACUAUGAACGAGAUGUGGAAACAAUGAUGCAGCUCAAGGAAGAGGAUAUGAUCAUGAAUGUACAGCAUGACAAUAUUCUUUAUCAGACUGUGACUGGAAUGAAGAAAGACUUGUCUGGUGUCCAGAAGGUUCCUGCUCUACUUGAGAAUGCUGAACAUGAAGAAACAUCUACAUCUGCAGAGGAUGAGAGCUCUGAAGUGGAAUCUGGUUCUGAAGAGGAUGGGGAAAGGAUUCACCCUAAAGAUCACGAGCAGGAAAAUGACCCUGAGAAAAAGGAAAGAAAAAAGUUAGUUAAAGAAGCUCAGCGAGAGAAACGAAAAAACAAGGUGCCUAAACACGUUAAGAAAAGAAAAGAGAAAAUUUCAAAAAUGAAGAAAGGAAAAGCAUAGACAUUGAAACUGCAUUUAUUAUCACUUUGUCAUUACAGAAAUUGUAGGAUUGGCCAAAUAUCUUAAAUCAUGACUAAAUAAAAAUUCCAGCAACUAUUAUGUGUAAAUGCAAAGAAUAUGGUAAGGUUGCUGUGAAGGUUAAUUUAAAUGAAAGCUAUAAUGAAUCAGAAUCCCUUAUUCAUUAACUAAUGUUAUUUUGUAUUGGAAACAUAAAAUCACAUUAAGUUUGUGACUACUAAAACUAUAUCCUUUUUGUAAAGUGAACAGCAUUCUAGCUGUAUACAAUUGUUUCUGUUUUCAGAAAUGCUAAGUGUAAAAGCUUGAUGCAGUGUGUCCAGUUAAAACUAGACAAACAUUGCUAGUAUUCAGAGAUGAAAAAGCUAUAAUGAGCAAAUAAAUUUGUUUUAU